CGUCUCUAUGUUUUCAGAGGUGUAAUGGCCGCCGCUUGUUUAGUCCGAUAAAAACGUAUUGUAUUUUAAUUUUCCACAAGAUUAACCAAAUAAAUUGACCAAAUCGUAAGACUAUAUUAAAAUAUGGCUGCAGUACAAGGUCCGCCAGGUAACAAACAGUGGCCAGCUCGACCAGGCGUUCAACAUCAGAACAGUCAAAACGCCCCAAGCGUUACCUUAAACCGCACAAUAAACUUAUAUCCUUUAACUAACUACACAUUUGGCACUAAAGAGCCGCUAUUCGAAAAGGAUGCGUCGGUUCCCGCGCGGUUUCAGAGAAUGCGGGAAGAGUUUGUCAAAAUUGGAAUGAGGAGAUCAGUGGAAGGCGUACUCCUGGUGCACGAGCAUGGACUUCCCCACGUGUUACUGUUGCAACUUGGUACUGCAUUCUUCAAACUGCCUGGUGGUGAACUGAAUCCUGGAGAGGAUGAGAUUGAAGGUCUAAAGAGGCUGCUGACAGAGACACUCGGGAGGCAAGAUGGCGUCAAACAGGAUUGGGUCAUUGAAGACACGAUAGGUAACUGGUGGCGGCCGAACUUCGAACCGCCGCAAUAUCCGUACAUUCCUCCGCACAUCACAAAGCCGAAGGAACACAAGCGGCUAUUCCUAGUGCAACUUCAAGAUAGAGCUUUAUUCGCCGUGCCCAAGAACUAUAAGUUAGUUGCAGCACCGUUAUUUGAGUUGUACGACAAUGCGCAAGGAUAUGGACCUAUCAUAUCCUCAUUGUCGCAGAGUUUAUGCCGUUUUAACUUCGUUUAUAUGUGAUAGAGAACUAAUGUGAAUUUUAGGGGAGUGUAUGCGGACAAAUUUGACCCGUCAACGUGGUGUGUUUGUGCAUAAUUCCAAUAGUUAAUAGAAAAACACAAAUUCAAAAGCAUGUCACAUCCUAAUUGGUCCGUUUUCGCUAUGGAUAGGGUAGAGGUUAAAAUCGUUUAUGGGAAUUAGCUGUUUUGUGGUUACGACUUGUUUUAAUUGGGUCAAAAAUGACCCGGGUUUCGGGCGGGUCUAAAGUGACCCGUAGUAACGAUUUUGUGUUGGAGUUUCUGCUAAGUAUGAAAUACGUCGUAAAUGAAAUAUGGCUCGAAUUGACUCAAUAAAUAUUAAAUUAAAAUAUACGGUAUAUGUGAGAUGUGAUUGAGAUUCUUGGGCCUUAUUCUAUACUAUUCUAUAUUAUAACAAGUAAGUAACGCUCCUCGCGUUUAAGACGAUAGACAUUGGCAUACAGAAUAUCUUUUCACGCUAAUUUCACGAAGAUAACGUGGCCGCGUUAAAAGUUAACUGUCACAGUAUAAAGCCUCUUAAGUUUCUAGAAUUUUUAAUAAGCCUAAUGUCAUUUCUUAUACAGGGUAAUUGUGACGUUACUUAAUGGAACCACAUACUUAUGUACUUGGAAAUAACACUUUACAAUCAGUUAGGGGCCGUUCAAGUGUUACGUAACGCAAUUUUUGAAGAUUUUUGACCCCCUCAUGUAACGCGCCGUAACGUUUUCCAGAACCCAUUCCAAAAGUUAUGUAACUCUUAAAUUUACAUUUUUUUCUAAUAUUUACAAUUAUGUUACGCAAAAUACCGGAAAGUCGCUAAAAUACCUUUGUUAUUGUUUUAAAAUAAAAAAAAAACAAUGUUACAUAACGCUAUGUACGAAUCACCCCUCCCGCUCCUGUAACGCAUCGUAACGUUUUACAAGACACCCCCCCCCUCCUCCCCCUCCUGCCAAAUUGCGUUACGUAAUACUUGAACGGCCGGUACCGUUGACUGGGCCGGGUCAAAAUUGACCCAUGGACGUUCCGUACACUUCCCUAGCCGACUGUGUAGAUAUAAGUUUUUUGACACAACUAAACAUGAAGAAAAUGAGAAAAUUGCGUUUUAUUUAUGUACCUGAAGAAAGAAGAUUGUUUUUAGUUUUAAGUUUAAUUAUAAUUAUAGAUAAGACGGAUUUAUAAAUGUGUUCAAGUCGUGUACGGUCUACGAAAAUAUCUGAAUGAAUUAAGUAUUUAAAUCGUCAAUAUUUUGUGGACGUUACAACAAUUUUUCUUCAACAAAAUAGGGUGUUUGACUUAUUUUUUUUUUAUAACUUUCAUAAAAGUCCAUUAAUCACGUGACGCUCGAAGAAAGAAGAGGUUCGGAAAUAAAAUCACAAAAUAUCACAGGCUGGUUUAUGAGAAUUGACGUGUAUUUUUUUUUUAUAAUACCUGUAUUUAAAGAUUAUUCUAAAAAAUUCAAUAUGCUUUGUACAAAAAAACAAACCGUGAUUUUGGGAAGGACGGGUCUAAAACCUCACAUAUCAGCCCCUGAAAGACGGGGUUAAAAGUUACUAAAAACAUCACGUGAUUAAUGGACCACCCUAAACAUGUAUAUGGUAUAAAUACUCAAACAGAAAAAAAUCAUUGAUAUCUAGUGGAAAAUCUACAAGUUAUAAGCCAUUGAAAUUAGGUAGUAGGGAGUGUCAAAAAACAGGAGACGAAAUACUUGCAUUUGACGUCAGCGGGCAUUACGCUGCGUGCGAAAGAGAGACGGAGCGAUAUCCCCACUCCACACACUCCUGCACGUAGCGAUAUUUGAAAUUUACUCAUUUCUUAUCGAAUUUUAAUGCUGUUUUCACAGAAGGAUUUAUUUUUUACUUAUUGCUGUUGCUUAAUAACAAAUGCACAAAAUCAGUCAAAUACCCUAUUAUAGGCAAAGGACCUACGAAAUCUUUCUUGUUAGCUUUGUUAAAUAUUGAUUAUUUGUAAUAUAUUUGUUCAGAUUCAAUUGGAGCCACACGACAAUUAACAUGUAAGCAAAUAUCUACCUACUUUAGGAAUUAAGUUUGUUAACCUGACAUGGUUCAGCUUAUAUCUUAGUGAAAGAAGACACCGCCGAGGAAAGCUGCCGUGGUUACCACCGGGGGUAACGUGCAAACGGUGUACAAGCGAUCCCCCGGCUUAGCAACCACAGCAGUCCCUGGGAAGACUUGGUAGGCCAUACUGUUUUCACCGAGGGUGCCAGCGGACAGUACGCUGGCGACCCACGGCUAUCCGGUCUCAGGGCCAGGGGAUAGAGUGAAAGAAGAGAAGAGGAAGGAGAAGGAGCCCUCUCUGGAUAGUUGGAAGGGAGAAGGGAAAUGUUAGCGAACCCUUAUAGGCCUCAAUGUGUAUUUAGCAACCAUGAGGUAUACACACUGAACUGUCUGCCUAGGGUCGUGGCAAAUGUGCUCCCAUGCAUGGGCGUGCGUUUGGUGUGGAGACCAAGCGCACAAGAAUUACCUCGGGGGAGGGGGGGUGUUAUAUCGCAAGGUGUACAGGGGUUAGGGACUCGCGCCAAUGCUCGCUCGGAUGCUACACUCCCGAGUGUCAUUGGGCCGUAAGACCGGUGAAACCAACAUGACCGUUCCACUGACCCCUAUAUGGUAUUUGUGAGUUAUCGCUUGUUUUAACGGUGAAGGAAAAUAUUGUGAGGAAACUUGCAUACCUGAGAAGUUCUCUAUAGGAAUUUUGUGUCUGCCUGCACUACAGCGUGGUGGACUAAGGCCUAAUCUCUCAGUAGAGAAGGCCUGUGCAGUGAGACAGUAUGUAAUACAGGGCUGAUAUUUAUGAUAUAUCAAUUAAGUAUUAAAUCAGACUGAUAUUUAAUUGCGAAUCCGAUGGCGGCUAGUGAUAGCAAGAGUUCAUUUGUGGACUUUCAAUGCAUAUGAUAUAAAAAUAAAGUAACAAACAAAAACAAAUAAACAAACGUGUUGCCCACAUUUGCGAAAAAUUACAAAUGUUUGUAUACAUUUUCGACUAAUUGAUUAAUAAGAAUAAAUGCUACAACAGGCUUUCAGAAAAGACGCAUUGGCCAUAUAUUUGCGGACAAUUACAAAUGUUUGUAUACAUUUUGGGCUAAACUAGGUGUACAUUUUUGUAUUUAUUUUGGGAUAAUCUAUAGAAUAAGAAUGUAUGCUAGACUUUCAGGAAAGAGAUAGAUAUAGGCCAUAUGUUCGCCUUGUCUCUCUCUACAAAGUUGUUGAGAUCUAGACAAUGGCGUAGCGUGGACUAAUAUAGACGUGGGUGAAGUCGCCCCUUUAUUCGUUCGUUCCCAAGAAUUACUCAAUAAAUUUACCUUACCAAACAUGCUUUUACACGACAAUUACAUAUUUAUGACAAAAUGAAAAAUAUUAAUGUGCGGCGCGAUAUUUUUUUUUUCGCGAGGCCAUGAGCGAGUGCCCACUACGCCUACGUCUAGCUACGCCACUGAAUUCAGAUAAAAAAAACAAUUCUAUUUCAUUAAUAAUUAUAUCCUAUUUUGUGAGUGCAGAAUUAAUAUUUCUAACUCCAUAUUUUUCUAUUUGAUUAAUUUCUGUCUAAUGACAAUAUUAUUUCUAGAUGUUUAUUUUUCUAGUCAUUUUAGAAAUUUUGAUAAUUAUAAUGCUUUAUAUACAUUACUUACCUGUUGAAUAAAGAUAUAUCUAGUCUUUAACUGUGAUAUUAGAAAUAUAAUACGAA